UCUUCUUACGGUGCCGCCCCGCUCUAUAUAAUAGUCGGGGCCGAAGAAAAAUCUUGGACGGAGGCUAUAACUGUCCCAUGUAUCGUCGAAAUAGAUUAGAUCGGAAGAAACAGGGGUAAACGAAACGAAAAUAUUAGGAGAAUAAAGAGCGACGGGGGUGAAAUUCGCUAUAUCUCUCGAUCGAGAGCGAGUUAUCAGGCUAACGAGCGGACGCGUUCGGCAUUAUCCUGGCAGAAUUUUUCCAGGCGGUCGUAACGCCGUGCUAAUAAGAAUUUAUGUGACUCUCGCGACUCGUCGGUUCGUCGACGAAUCAUCGUUGUAUUCCGCGGAGACGAACGCUCGCCGAUAACAUCGCGCUUCUAGUUGUUCAGUUUUUGCUGGUUUUCGCCGUCACCGCGAGACGAGAGACGACGAGCCAUUACGCAUACGGCGGCCGACAACGAGGACGAUGUCGAAGAUACCGACGGAGCUGCGGCUCCAUUAAGAAAAAUCGAGUUUGUAUGCGAGAGAAGCGAACCGAAUUGCGCGAGCGGAAUACCCUCCAGCCUCUCUUCCUUCUAUCGAUAAGGCCAUCGCGCCGUCUCUAAGGUAAAAGAAGAAAGAAAAAAGGAGGGAGGGAAGGGGUGGAGUAUACCGCAUUGUCGCGCUAGCGACAGUUAUUUACGACGAUAAAUAUUUGAUUACGAUAAAUUACGUAGCGGCUGAGAGGCACGCGAACACGUAUUUCGUAGAACUCGUAACUUCUUCUAUACGUUGCACGUUUCGUUGACUAUUCGCAACGGCGAAAGUAUUCAUCGUGCAUGACUGGUCGUCGGUCGGUCGGUCGGCGGCUCUCUAACUCUAAGCAACCAGCCUCUGGAAUAUCAUCGUGCGUUCCCAUAAAAACCGAUUUCGGAUCGGGGAAAUGCGCGUGUGCGUGCGUGUACGUGCGUGUGUAUAGAGCGGUGACGUUCGAUGGUAGGGGGCCUCGCAAGAAGGUAGCUCGGCCCUGGCCGACCGGGCGCGGAAAGAGGAACGCCGCGGAGUUACGUAAAGGCUGGCUCUGCUCUAUACACACACACACACACACACACUCUCUCUCUCUCUCUCUCUCUCUCUCUCUCCCUCUCUGCCAUACAGUGUGCACACGAGUGCACUUAUUUUGCCCGUGUGUGUAUCGUGCCGCGGCCGCGCGCGAUUUCACACAUACACACGGACGCGUACGGUAACGCGUAUAACGACGCGUAUACCAAUACGCGUGUACUCGUAUAUAAGAGAAAGAGAGUAGAGGAGAGUAUGCAAGCAAGGUCUCGCUCGUGUUGGCGCGAGCACCUUCGAACGCAGCGUACGUCGAUAGGCGUUGCGUGCGGAGACGGGCGGCGAACGCGAAAAGAGCGGCUCGAGUGGCGAUCGUGCACUCGCGAGAUCGACGCUGCCAAUUGGCUUUCUCCGAUAACUUUCAUCCACCUUAAACCUACGCUCCCCGGUUACCCCGGCCCCUCGCUUCUACUCGCUUCUUUUCCACCUUUCUUUAUUCCUUUCCGCGUGCACCACGCGCCACUUUCACUAUCGUCGCGAUCCAAUUCCACUCGGCGAGCUACGACCGACCAGCCUCUAACGCUCUGCUCGCCGACACUCGCGCGACCGAGCCAUUUUUCGAGAGCACGGCGUGGCGUUACGGUACACGGUGCGUUGGGUGAUUUCUAAAAAUAAAAAGUUGCGAGAAGCCCCCGAACGAGAACCACUAGCCUGGCCGAGAACCGAUCGUCUACCACGAGACCGAUAAAAAUACGUCCAUCGAACCGUGCUCCAUGAAUUUUCGAGGAAAAUACGAUCGCUGGGGUCUUCGUCUCUUAGGACGGCGAAAGGGAGACACGGCGAAGCUAGCGGCAGCGGAGUCGUGGUGAAAUUAGAAAUUGCUUCGUUUACGGUACACGCGUGGCUAAUCGCGAUGGCGAACGCGCGGAUCCUCCCAGGUUUUUCCCACAGUUUAUAUGGAACCGAAGGAACGCGAUCGCCAGAGAGCGAGUCGAACAGGCUGGCGUUGCUCGUAAAACGGAUUAUCGAAAUUACGCCCGGAGCAUCUGCCGCUUUUACGCCGAUAUAUCUCCAUCCGAUAUAAAGGAAAGCUUCGGAAUAUUUACUCGAGGCACGGAAGGGUCGCCUCCGUGUUUACGAUAGUCGCUUUCCACUGUCGGUUCUCGUUCUCCACGCGAGGAUGCAAUCUGCCCGGACGAUCUCGCGAGCUCUCGAGAAAGCAGAGGCAUGGCAUAGCAAGAAAGUGCAAGAGAGGAGAAGUAAGGAGUAAACGUUCGUCCACCUCCAACGUGCCACUAUUUUUUCCUCUCCCCUUUCGACCAGUCCAGCAGCAUUUUUCCAUUUUCAGUUAUAUACCGGCGGCGCGAACGAGAUAACGCGAGACCCGCCGCUUCCACAGCGUUCACGUGCGUGAACCGCGGAGGAAACCGUUAGCUUUACAACUGCGAGUCGAGAACGAUGGCACAGACCGCGCGAAACGGCCCCGCUGUAUUAUCUUCCACCUCUUCCUUUCCAACUUGCAACUCGCGUCUCGUCGAAAAUUUACUUACUCGGCGAUUACGGCAAACAAUCGGAGUAAAAUCGCUCUCCUACGUGUAUUCCUAUAUACGUUAUAUCGUAUAUACGUAAUUUCCAUUUUACCGGAAGACGAGCGAAAUGGUACCGAUCGGUCGAGAACAAUCGUAAAAAGGAAAAGACCGAGCUGGGUCCGAUGAAAAAGCAUACCGUCGGACCCGGCAAUUAUCGUGUACGCCCGAUCGGACGGACUCGUCCGCGCAACAUAUAUCACGUGUUCACCUGCAAAAAUGUUUACCGUGCGUGCGAAGGAGCACUUGGUCCCAAGGAGGAGAGGAUCCUAUGCAGGUGGGUACGACGGCCCCUGGAGAAUGUUCGUACGCGGGGCAGGUGGGGCGACUGGCGGUACCCCGUUGCGGGGUUCUGGGCAACGAAAUAUCGCGGGGAAACGGGCGAGGCUACUAAGAGGAAAGAGGAAGAAGCAACGGCCGACGAAGAGCGAGAGAAAGACGAUCGGAGAGAGGAAAAGAAGGCACGAGACCGAGAAGAGAGACGCGGUAGCGAAGGUGGAGGAGGAGGAGGAGGAGGAGGAGGAGGUAGAGCAGCGAGAAGUAUCGGUGGGGCAUGCGGAGGGGUUAGGAGGAGAGGGAGGAGGGCUGGUUGUACCCGCGGAUGAUCCCCAGGUUGAGUCGCGCUGGGUUCAACGUCCUGGCGGGCAGCGCACCCGAGAGCCGAGGCAGGCAGCCGAGCAGCCACCAGACCUCUCUAUACACGCAUACACGCCACGGGAAUCGAAGUAGCGCGUAAAUCGAAAGGGAGAAAUCUGUGGAGCAGAAAAAGAAGGAGACGAAAAGUGGGGACGUUUCAGAGGUGGUUUUGGAUGUUAGAAAGCGCGGGGGUGGCUAAAGAGGCCCCGCCGCAGGGUACGGGUCCCGAUGCCGGUCCCCGUAUCGCAAACCCUCACGCUGACCUCCACCCUCGUGCCCAAGGAGGAGUCAAACAUGCCCUUCAUAGACGACGAGUUACUUUGGUGCCCUGACAAUGACGGCAAAAUGGUCGACUUAACGCAAUGUCUCCAGGAAAGCAGCACAGGGCAAUCGGUAGAAUUUUCCCCGAUGGAAUUGAGUGCUCUUGUGGGGACGCCGGCAGCUCCGAACAUGCCGGCGGAAGAGGGCGAAGGAAUGGCUGGUGUCACAGGUGAGGAACCCUUUGACACGCUAGACACAUUCCUUCGAGAACUGCAAGCUGAUUUGGCUGAAGCCAGUCAACCCACGUCCACUACAACUUCCGUAACCCCUUCCUGUCGACGGCAGAGGUACAACAUCGCGGCUGCCAACCCUUUGUUAGCAGAAAAAUUGGCGGCUCCUUCGUCGCAAGCAUCUCCAACUUCCAUCCCGUAUGCAACGAGGGCAGAGAUCAAAACGGAGAAUAUUCAACCUGAAACGAGUAAAGUGGACACCAGGGAGGUCCAGCCACACGAUGCGAACGAGAAGGAACAACUGAGUCUGGCGAGCGUCAAAGCAGAACCAGGAUCGACCGGUACGACGACCACCACCACGGGAACUCGUCUGUUGCACGGUAUUCUCUCGCAGCAUCCCCAGCAGCACGGUCUAGGGGUGCAAAAUGGAUACGGCCGCCACUUGGCCGGCCAUGCUCAGAUGGGCCAGCCGUCCUACACCACUGCCACGAUCGCCACCACCAGUACGCCAGGAAGCGGAUCACUGCCAGCGAGCCCCGCCGACAGCGGAGUCAGCGACGUCGAAUCCAGCACGUCCUCGGGCGGUAACGAGGACGCGAAUCUUUUAUUGAAAGCGAGGCUCAACCCUAACUCGUCCCUUCAGCCAAGUCUCGCGUCCCAUCAUUCUCAUUUGUCGUCAGCAGCACUCGGCAGGUCAGCCUGUCACAGUCCUGGCGUUUAUCCGUCGACGGCAGGCUUCCUGCCGCCCUCCUAUCAUCCUCAUCAGCAUCAUCCCUCCCAGUACCAUCCGCACAGAGGGAGUUCGCCUCACCAUCAACACGGGAACCAUACGAUGGGCCCGACAAUGGGACCGCCCCACCAUCACCACCACCACCAAACGCAGAGUCUGCAACACUUGCAUUAUCGUCAGCCACCUACACUGUCUGAGAGCUAUAGCAGUUACGUAAAUUCGAUGUACGCCAGUGGAGCCCAAUUUGCCACCCCCUGCACUCCUAGCCCACCACGGGGACCCGGUGGAGUUCCAACGAGCGUGAUUCAAGCAGCAACCAGCUCAGUUUCCGAUGACCUGUACCUGCUGGAAUUAGGUUUCCCCCCACGGUCGAAAAAGAACAAACUAAAAAAGCCGCGUCAAGGGGAUGGCGCCGCGGUGAAAAGGAAAUCUCGCGAAGGUUCGACGACGUAUCUAUGGGAAUUUUUAUUGAAAUUGCUACAGGACCGAGAGUACUGCCCCCGAUACAUCAAAUGGACGAAUCGCGAACGAGGUGUCUUCAAACUGGUGGACAGCAAGGCGGUUUCUCGUCUAUGGGGUUUACACAAGAAUAAACCGGACAUGAACUAUGAAACCAUGGGCAGAGCCCUGCGUUAUUAUUAUCAGCGCGGUAUCCUGGCGAAAGUUGACGGACAAAGGCUGGUCUAUCAGUUUGUGGACGUACCGAAAGAUAUUAUAGAAAUUGACUGUACCGGCGCGUGAGACAGGGUUCGUCCUUCGAGGGAACAGCAGCACGAGAGACGAGCUGUACGGGAAAAGAGUGAUUCGUGUAUUCGUGCCGCGAUCUUACGCGAGAACUUAUCGUUGUCAUUAUCAUCGUCGAGCAGCUCUUCCUGCCACAAUGUGCCCACUUGGCACAACCCUCAGACGAUCUAAAGCAUGCCCUCUCUCUGACUUCGUUUGUUCCUUGUAUUAUAAGUAUAUACCUAUAAAGAUAUGUAUAUUAACUCGCGAAUAGCGGAUGCGCAUGCGCAACAACGCUACCCGCAAGAGGAUGAACGUUUUGUUUUUGUCGACGCGACAGCUGCCACGGUAUACGUAUACAAUUAUAUGUAUAUCGUAAAUUUCGUCCUCCUUUGGUCUUUCUUUUUUUGUUACUCUUUGACGGUGUACGUCGAUAGUAAUCGUAUUAAGCUUUACAACGUCUAAUAUAUAUAAAUGUAUAUUAUACAUAUAUAUGUAUACGUUGAGCUCGUUCAAAUUUGUACAAAAUUUAGUUCUUAAAGAUGCUACGGCACAAAUGUUAUUAAAUGUAUUUUAAUCGAGAGUAAACGAAGAACGGGAAAAAUAAGAUGAAUCUAUUACUUAACGUGUAAACGGGAUAUAGGCGAACAGUUGUACAUUCAAGAGCGCGAUAAAUUAUUUAUUGUAUAUUAGACGAUUAUAUAUGUUACCUAGAACGAGAAAAAGAAGCAGAAAUUGUUACAUACGUGUCGACGAAGGGAACCAUAAGGAAGCAAAGGGGAAGUAGAACUUAUAUAAAGUGCACGCACGCGAACGUGGAGAGUUUAAAGAGAAAAAAAAAAAAACGAAACGAAAUGAGGGCUGUGAAAAGAUUCAGAAAGGAGAAAAAUACGAGUGCAGAAAUGAUAAAGAUGUUGAAAAAGUUUUACGGAGCGAGCUCAGGGAGAGGUACACAUAUAUACAAACACACACCUGUACACUACACGUCUACACAGACACACACUGUACACACACUAUAUUUUUUUAAAUAUAAGCAAAAAAGGGCGACUCUUCUAUUUGAGCUGAGGGUUCAACAAUGUAAGGUGCUGGCUAUACACACGAGGUCCAAGAAUGUUAUUUAGCAAGCUAGUGUUAUUAAUUCAUAAAAAAAUUAUUGAAACAGACAUAUAUCUCUGUAUAUAUAAAAAUACACCUUUAGUAUAUAUAUUAUUGAAUAUUAUAUAUAUAUUAUAUGAAUAUAUAUUGUAUGUUAUGUAGUAAAUGGAGCGAGUUAAUGUGUCUAUGAGAUUCUUCUGUCACGUCUGCGUAGAAGGAAGUUUAAAUAACCGUCUAUCCGUACGAUGUCUCUAUUCGUGUCUUAUAUAUCUUAUAUGUGUACAUAUGUAUAUAUAUAUGCAUAUAUAUAUAUAUAUAUAUAUAUAUAUAUAUAUAUAUAUACACAUAUAAAAAGCAAUCACUAUGGAAGCAUUAUCGUUUCUCUUUUGUGUUGCAUGUUUUUUUAUAAGUUCUCCACAUUAGGAUCAAACGAUAAUGAAUCAAUUUGCACGAUCAGCGAUUCGAUUACGUGGCCCGCGAGGAAAAAAAACGCACAUCCGCGUGAUUUUCAUGCUCAGCUAGAAUCAGAGAUAUCGUACUUUUCUAAACGUUUAGAGUAUAAUAGCCUUCUUGAUAUACGGGGCAGAGCGUUCGAAACAUGAUGAUAAGUUAGAGAGAAAAUUAAUUUAUUGAGCAGCAGCCCGCCCCUGAAUACGGACGUGACGUGCGAGUGCAAGCGUAUCCUAUAGAAAUAAGUUUUGUACAUAAAAAUUCGUUGAGAGCAUACUUAGAAGAACAUUACGCUGGUUAAUCUUCGUAAUCGUGGAUAAAUGAAAAGAAACAAAAGAAAACGAGAAACAGGAGAGACAGGUAGAACACGAGAGAUACGAACGCGACAUACCUCUAAGGUGUUACCUCUCGCUGCAAGUUGUUCUUCUUGACGAUCAUCUCCAAACAAUUCAGAGAAGAAAACGGUAAUACAGUAAAUAAUAGAUAAAAAACGAUCAAGUGCUGCCAAUAAUGCCUGUAAACGGUCCCUUGCAUUUUUUUACCACUUAAAAAAGGAAACGAUGGAAAAAGAACAAUGAACAUAAAAAGAAUUAAUACGCGCGGUUUAUUCGAAUCAAGAAGAAAUGUCUUGGGACGCCAGACAUACCAGAUGAUACAAAGCGAAUUGCCUUCUUGUAAUUAACAAAGACGUGUUGCCUUCUAACAAAGAAAACAUAUUAAAGAAAAAAAUUCUAGCAAUUUGUAUUUGUAAUACAAUCGACUUUGUCCGGGUACUUAAAGAAAACCUUUAACCCUGUAUAUCAUCCCCCCUUUGUCAGCAUAGAGUUUUGUAACUUUUGUCAAGAGAAACAUAAUAAUAAUGAUAAUAAUAGUAAUGAAAAAAAAGAUAAAAAAAAUUGAGAAGCGUUUUUGGUACACGAAGACUUUUUUCAUAUCGCACUUUGCAUACACGUAUCAGAUGAAAAAUAUACUUAAAAAAUACAAUAAAAAAAGAUAAGAUGAAUAUAAUGAAAGAGAGGGAGUGAGAGAGAGAGAGAGAAAGAGAGUGAAAGAGAGAAAGAGAGAGAGAGAAUGAAAUGAAAUACAUCAGAGUACAAUGGACAAAAAAGCAAGUACCUAUAAAUAGUACCACUUCUAUACAUAACAUCCACUUAUAAACAAUGAAUGGACAUUGCAACAAAAAAAAUCCUAUUUUUAGGUAAAUUAAAUUUACAUAUACAUAACGAUUGACUACGCUACAAGAUAUUUUAACAAAUAAGACUUUACUGUAAUAGGGAUAAAUCUAUAAUUAUUUACCUGUAAAAUAAUACGAAGACACGAUGGAUUGACGUAAGGAACUGUAAUGUAACGUUCUGUGAUUCGUUGUUUGUAGGUGAAAUUUAAUAAAAGAUUACUGUAUCAUAA